CCUUCUUUCUUCCGACAUAAUAUUUUCUCCCAUUUAAAUAAAAUACACCCUACAUUUAAUACCCCAAUUUAAUAAUUCCCACCUAAUAAAAUCCCCAUUUAAUAUACAAACUUAUCAAUUCCCACCAAAAAAUCCCGAUUUAUUAACCCUCUAAGCGUUACGAACCACGCGUCUAAACUUCAACCGCGGUUAAUUUUCCAUUUUCUUUUUACCUUUGCCCGCGCCCUUUUCCUUUUCUAACCGCGGUUGGUUAAACCCCAGGUUUAACGGCUGGUUGAAGGGAGACAGGGGUUUUACGGUGGCCGGGAACAUUAACCGUCGUUUUAUUUGGGUUUGAGUUAUGUCCAGAGAGGGGGAGAGACUCCCGGAAAAGUCGCCGGGAAACGGCGACGGCGUGAUUUACCCUUUGCCUUUGGCUUUUCACGAGGAUGUGGUAAAAAAUCAGGCGGCUUUCAUUGAGACGCUGAGGCAGUUCCAUUCUAAGAUGAGAACCAGAUUCAUGAUACCUGUAUUGGGAGGGAAAGAGCUGGAUUUGCAUCUUCUCUACACAGAGGUCACUAACAGGGGUGGGCUUGAAAAGGUUAUUGGUGAUAGGAAAUGGAAGGAUGUGAUUGCAGCGUUUAAUUUUCCACCCACCACAACAAGUGCAUCAUUUGUUCUGAGGAAAUAUUACAUAAGUCUCCUCCACCACUAUGAGCAAGUCUACUUCUUCAGAACAAAGGGGCCUCUAGUCCCACCUGCAGUCCCGUUACCUGUUAAAAGCCCAUCAUCUGGACCUGCCAGUAAUGGGGAAUCUGAUUCAAUGCAUCAGUUAAUAAAAAAACAGCGCAGAAGGAGCUCCUCAAAUGUUCAAAUUGGAGUUUCUUGCUCAUUUGCAGCUCCUGUAAAUUUACCUGCUCCUGUGAUUGGAAAAAUUGAUGGAAAAUUUGAUCAUGGUUACUUGGUCACUGUGAAUUUGGGAACAGCGACUUUAAGAGGUGUGCUUUAUCACCCAAUGCCUGUCUCCUCUGCAGCUCCUGUGGAGAGAGAGAGUUUUUUAGCGGCAGGUAGUUCCCCUAGGAGACGGAGGAGGAGGAAGAAAGGUUCAAGAUGGAGCGAUCCUGGCCACCCAAAACCUAAUCGUAGCGCUUAUAAUUUCUUCUUUAAAGAGAAACAUGCAAAGCUUAAACUCUUGUACCCUCAUAGGGAGAGAGAGUUCAGUAAGAUGAUUGGUGAGUCCUGGAACAAGCUCACUGAAGAAGAAAGGCUGGUUUAUCAAGAUUGUGGGUUGCAAGAUAAGGAGAGAUACAGAAGAGAGAUGCAGGAAUACAGGGAAAGGUUGAAGCUUUUGCGGCCUGCAGAUAUGCCAGAGAGAGAAAGCAAUGCAGGCCUUAUGUCAAAUGAAGGUGGUGAAAUAGAGUGCGACGGGAGGGGAUGCAAUGUUAAGGAGGGUGGGGGGUCUGCAACCCUUGCGUUAUUAUAACGAUUAUUGGGAACACUCAUGGUGGCUGUUUGUUGUAGUUGAUUAGAGUUGCAUACUUUUUCUGUAGAGAAAUGUUUGUGGGGUUUGAUAGUUCUUCCGAUUUUCUUUCUCUAAAUUUGAUAACAGUUUUAGAUCUUGUGAA